AUGUCGUCCCUAGCGGCGACCCAAGCCGAUGGCUACUACCUACCACCCGAGUACUUUGAAUCGGGUGCCUACCGCAAGCUGACUCGGAAUCAAUGGCAGGCCAAACAAUCGGGAGCCGCCAAGCCCAAGCAAAUUCCAGUGGUUCGUUUUGAACUACCGUGCAGUGGCAGUUGUACCGGAUGUGGGCAUUUUAUCUUGAAGGGAACCCGUUACAAUGCCGAGAAAAUCAAGACGGGUGAGAAGUAUUUGAGCUCCCCCAUUUGGGAGUUUCGAAUGAAAUGCCGCAAUUGUUGUGAGACGGUGUUUGCAAUUCGUACCAAUCCACAACUCCAUGGUUUUGAUUACUUGAAAGGAAUCCAAAAGCAGCAGAGACACAUCGAGGAACGGAAACGGCCACUUCCCACAAGCACCAAGAGUGAUUCUGAAGAAGAAGGGACAGAAAUACUGGACCGACUGGAAACAAUCGCUCGAGGAAAACGAAAAGCAAUGAGCGAGAUUGACCAGCUUCAAUCUUUGAAGCAGAACAGCGAACGAUGUUUUUUACAAGAUUCGGAUAUGAAUGCCACAAUUCGCGCUUCGUUUCGCGUGGAGCGGAAGGAUAGGAAAAGACAGAGAAAAGCUGCCGAAGCCCUGGGAUUUCGAGAAGGGAUUUCGCUGGCAGAUCAUUCUUUGGAGGAUGAAGUGACGGCACGACAAACCACCUUUGGAAAUUGCAGACGUUCCGAAAAGAAAAAGAUGAGCGAUGCUCGGAAAAAAUCCAUAUUUUCAACCAAAAAGAAAUCUUCCUCAGGUCGGAAAAAGGACCGUAGAAACUCUUCGGAACCAGUGGUACCCGAUGGGAUCCCAUCGUCAUCACCGUCUGUGGUCAUUUCUGCGACGCACAACACAACAUCAGCUACUACAUGUACUAGCCAUUCUACCGGUAGUAAGGAUGGCAGUGAGUCUUCGGAACAACAAAAUGAUCCAGGGACAGGCAACAUUCAAAAGAAGAUUUUGGUGGUCACUCAACAAAGAACGACUUUGAUGCCAUCAAAGAAAAUUGGGGCUGAGACUACAACCGGGAAUUGCGGAUCAGCAUUGGAUGCAUUGGCAGACUAUGGUUCCGAUAGCUCUUAA